CAAACUCAAACCCGACCGACAGCCGCCACAACCACAACGGAACAAAGAACCGGCGCCAAAGACACCACGCAGGCUCAACAUUCGGUUGCGUGACGGAAGCCAUGAAGCGCUCUCCUUGACCCUGGUUCGUACGGCAUCAAUUGGGCCCGCAUGAUUGCAAGCCGAGGCCGGCUUCCUAAUCUGAUGGGGCGAACAGUGUAUUGCGGGCCUCAUGUGCGCUAUUACCGGUACGUAUCCAUGCUGGUUUAUCGUGCAAUGGAACCCAGUCUGGUGUUGUAGUAUAUGUGGUCCUUGUCUCAUCUGUCCAUCAAUCGGUGACGCGCUGAAGUUCGGACUUUCCUAUCCUUGGGUAUGGUAAUGUGUAUGCGUUUAUAGCCGUUCAUCUCAAUUCUUCCAUUUGGCCACAGGCCAUAGGUUCCAACCUUCGACGUUCCUUUACAGACUGAUCAGAAAGAGAACAAUGGCUUCGGAAGAUUUCAACAUCGCCAUCGUUGGCGCUGGAAUCGGUGGGCUGGGCUUCGCAAUCGGCCUCAACCACCUCAACGUCCCCUUUACAAUCUACGAAUCCGCACCGCAAUUCUCGGCAGUCGGCGCUGGCGUCGGCCUUGGACCCAAUGCCCUCCGCGCAAUGGACAUGAUCGACAAACGCUUUAGCGCUAUGUACAUGGCCAUUGCCACCGGGAAUCUGAAGCCAGAGAAAAAGCAUGUCAUGAUGGAGGCUAUGCGUAUGGAAGAAGGGCUGGGAGAAGGCGAGAGCUGGUGGGGCCAUGGUGGUUGGGGAGCAGAGUACUAUGAGCGAACUGGCGCGCAUAGAAAGGACCUGCUGGACAUCAUGACGAGUUUCAUCAAGAAGGAUGCCGUACGGUUCAACAAGAGAGUCAAGGGGAUGAAUCAGGUUGACGGCCGCGUAACACUCACAUUUGAGGACGGCAGCGUCGCAGAGCACGCUGCGGUCGUUGGCUGUGACGGCGUAAAAGGUUUUUCGCGUCGCAUGGUCCUCGAAGACCGAUACCCGGAGUGUGUCGAGCCACAGUAUACGAACAAGUACGUCUAUCGCGCUAUAAUACCUAUGAGUGACGCAAAAGAGAUCCUAGGAGACCUCGCCACGGACGCAAAGAUGUACAUGAGCAAAGGCGCAAAUCUGUCUACGUACCCUAUCAGCGAAGGCAAGCAGAUUAACAUGGUUGCUUUCAAGCGUGACACGCAACCCUGGACGCACCCCGACUUCACCUACGACGUGUCACGAGAAGACAUGCUCAAGGACUUCCAAUCUUGCAACCCCGAUGCUCGGUUAAUGAAGUUACUCGACUGGGCCAAACCCACGCGUUGGGCUAUCACUCACCAUCUCAACACACCCACCUACUACAAUUCCCUGAUCUGCAUGCUCGGCGACGUCGCGCAUGCAGGCGGCCCACACCAAGGCGCCGGGGCAGGCCAGUGUCUCGAAGACUCAUUAGUCCUCUCCCGCGUGCUCGGGAAAUUAUACCACUCUACGCCGUUCUUUACGCUUGCCUCUCCUUCACCACUACGAACGACGAUUAUCGAGGCAGCGUUCCAAGCCUAUGACGAGGUUAGGCGCCCAAGAGCGCAGGAACAGGUCCGGACAAGCCAACAAUGUGGAGAGAUAUACAAUCUGAUGGACCCUGUGGCUGGCGAUGAUAUCCCCAAGGUACUUGCCAGCCUUCACGGACGUUUCGGUUGGAUCUGGCUGCACGAUCUAGCGUCGGAUGUGCGCCAGGUGGAGGAACGAUUCGAGGAGCUCGCAGGCGUGAGAAACGAGGUUAAGGAGGAGAGUGUUAGGUUUGAUACGCCGAAUGCGUCGCCGGUGCGAAACGCUGUGGUGAGUUGAAGCUGAAGACAUGGUGAGAGAUUCGCGUUGCUUAUGCCAUCAAGUUGGUAUUCAUAAAGAUAGCAAGCGUAGCGAGACAUCCUUUGCUGAGCCAUGACAUGUGUAUAUCUUCGACUCUGCUCUUAGACGUCUUUUGCUUCCGGUCACUCAUGUGCUCAUCUAGCCUGUGGUUAGCUCUUUCUGCGUGCAGUAAUCGCGCUUCUUAUCCUGGAUUGCUGUCCAAAGAAGAGACGCGCUCGGGAGCUGUUGGAGACGGUAGACGGUAGGACGUAUGUGCGAGGACGCAUGGUAAGAGGCAGGAAGGGCAUAAGUGCGAAGUGUCAGUGAAACC